GGCAGCAUGGGUUGGAUGAUCUACCCGUAGUCCGUUGCUUGCAGAAAAAAUGAAAUGAGAUAAAACAUGGCCGGCGAGCCGGUGUGCUCGUCGCUACGUGCUUGCUUCAUCGUGCCAGUCUGCGCGUGAUCUCUUGAAUCCUUUCCUCUUACACGCUUCCAUCUAGAGACAAAAAAAUAUCCAAAAAUGUCUUUAUCACCGCAAGAUGGCAGAGAAGCUGACAACAACAGCACGUCCGUGCUGAGUUCUUUGGAUGGCUCUCCGCUCAGCAGUGAGAACGAAAAGUCAUCCAUUGACGAGAAGGGCGAUGGAGUCGACUACCUGCCCAUCGGCCUACGGCUGAUCGGGAUCGUCGUUAGUCUCAUGCUGGGCGUGUUCUGCAUGGCCUUGGAUAACACUAUCAUUUCCGUGGCCAUUCCCAAAAUCACAGACGAGUUUCACAAUCUCAAUGACGUGGGCUGGUAUGCGUCUGCGUACUUGCUGACAGGUUGCUCCUUCCAACUUUUAUUUGGCAAGCUGUACACAUAUUUUAGCAUCAAAUGGGUCUUCCUGAUCGCUCUUUUCAUCUUCGAGCUGGGCUCCUUGGUCUGCGGAGUCGCACCCACGUCCACAGCUCUGAUUAUCGGUCGAGCGAUUGCAGGUCUUGGCAGCGCUGGUUUAUUCACGGGCGCGCUGGUCACGAUUGCGCAUACGGUGUCACUGGACAAGCGACCGAUGUUCUUCGGAUUGAUUGGGGGUGUUUAUGGCGUAGCGUCGGUGGCGGGGCCACUGAUGGGCGGCGCGUUCACCGACCAUCUCACCUGGCGAUGGUGCUUCUAUAUCAAUCUCCCUCUCGGAGCUGUCACCGCUGUCGGGCUUGUGUUCCUUCUGAAACUAAAAGAGAAGAAGAAGGAGUCGCUUCGAAACCUCUUCUGGCGCCUUGAUCCAAUUGGGAGCGUCGUUUUCGUUCCCGCCAUUGUCUGUCUGUUGCUCGCCUUGCAAUGGGGAGGUGUCAAUUACCCCUGGUCGAAUGGUCGGAUUAUUGCACUGUUUAUCAUCUUCGGGCUCACCCUUAUUGGUUUCUGUAUCUUGCAGGUAUACCUGAAGGAAAAUGCCACUGUCCCAGCUCGCAUUGCCAGACAACGAUCAAUCGCAUCUGCAUCCUUAUUCGGGCUCUGCAUUGGCGGGUCGUUCUUCAUCUAUAUCUAUUUCAUUCCAAUUUGGUUCCAAGCCAUCCGAAAUACCAGUGCCGUGACUGCUGGCGUCUAUUCGUUACCACUCAUCCUAGCUGAGAUCGUGGCCAUCGUGGUGUCAGGAGCUCUGGUCACUCAUCUUGGCUAUUUUGCUCCGUUCUUUAUCGGCAGCAGCGUACUUAUGAGCGUGGGUGCAGGCCUUCUGACACUCUUCACAGUCGACACCCCGCAGAAGGAAUGGGUCGGAUAUCAAUUUCUGUACGGCUUCGGAGUCGGGCUCGGAUUCCAACAAGGUGGUGUCGCGGCCCAGGCCGUCCUAAACCUGAACGAUGUCUCGAUCGGCACAGCAAUGGUGCUCUUCCUUCAAAUUCUGGGCGGAUCCGUGUUUGUCUCCGUCGCUCAGAAUCUGUUCACCAACCGCUUGGUUGAAGGUAUUGUGAAGCUGAAUCUGCCUGGACUGAAUCCAGAGGCGAUCGUACACGCCGGAGCGACUGGCCUUCGCCGUGUAGUCGACCCAGACUAUCUCCCUCAAGUUCUUGUGGUGUACAACGAUGCGAUCCUGAGAACCUUCCAGGUCGGGUUGAUUUUGAGCUGUCUGAGUAUCUUGGGGGCCGUGGGCAUUGAGUGGCGUAGUGUCAAGGGGAAGAAGACUGCAGGUCCCGGGGCAGCAUAACUAAGGGGUGUGUGUUGGAUGUGUGUUCGAUUUAGGGACGGUUGAAGGUUAAGUUAUGAAUUGGUUCGGCAUGUAUUGUUCAAGCGGGUUUAAUGUUUAUGAGAAUAGAUUUUCAUUAUGUGUUGGUCUGUCUUUUUCUUUUCCCCUUUUCGUUUUCUUGUUUUCGUUUCUUUCGUUCGGGCUUUGCUGGCAAACUUCCCCCACUUGUGCUGUUUAGGAUUUGAGACAAGCAGCAUACUCUAUUUGGUGUCUGGAGUUCAGAGGAGUUAAUAUGGAUUCAUGGACCUGAGUUAUGUGUGCAUAGUUCUUGAUAUCCGAGAAGUUGGU